AUGGUAACAGCAUCAACCAAAAUUAAGUAUUAUUAUAUUAAAUAUUGUUGUGUGCAUGGAGGAUGCCACAAAAAAAAAAAAAAUACUUUAGACCAACGUGUCACCUCUACAAUGCGCCAAGGUUGUGAAGCUUUUAUAUAUUUAAAAGCUUCAGCAAAUGGACAACAGUUAGAAAUAACUAAAAUGGACGAGACUCAUAACCACGAGACCUCAAAAAUAUUGUACAGCCAUGUUGGAGCCUAUGUUCUAGACAACACAACAGAGGUUUCAUGUAGUUGUCUCUUUUAUAAAUCAAUGAGAUUGCCAUGUAAACAUAUAUUUCACACUAGACAACUUCAGAACAAACCAUUAUAUGACCUAAGUUUAUGUGAUACAAGAUGGACCAGAGAUUAUUACUAUAAAAAUCAAAGAGUGUUUAAAAAUGUUGAGAUUGUUCCCACUGAUAGCGAUACUACAGUUACAAUAUUGCACAAAAAGAAAAACCAAAAUAAAUUUUGUCGAAAACCGAUUUUGCAUAGAAAUUCCCGUUUUUCUAUAAUUUUUACAUGGUUUUUCAGGUUGCUUUUGAAAUCUAUUGGCAAUUGUAAAACAGGCCCUAAGUCCAUGAUAUAUAUUUUCAAAUAUCUUAAACCGUGGCGCGUAAACGGAGUGAAUGAUAAGUGA